UACGGUAGCUCUGUUUAGCUAACGAAGUAAGCUCCGUUAAAAACCGACUGAGGAGCGAAUCAAAUCGUGUGAAGGCAAGGGCUAGCCAAGUGUUUGCUUCCAUGGCUCUGUUUUCUAGGGUUUCCACUCCUUCGUGUGUUUGGAAUGGGAGAGGAGAAGGCAAAUUUCUCCACUGCUCGACGCAUUCCUGGAAAUGUCGAGCGGAGGUCGAAAGAUCGGACAAAGCGAGCUCCUCUUCUUCCUCUUCCCAAUCUAUGCUGGAGCGCUUGGAGCGCUUGACGCAAUCGAGUAGCAGCAGCAGCAGCAGCAGCAGCAAUACAAUCGCGAGCAAGCUCGUCGAUCGCUACGGCAACAGCGAGGAGGGCUCGGAUUUCUCCGUGCCACUGGUGUACUCGCGGUACAAGAAGCCCAAAAUCUCGGUCCAGAGGAACAUCAAGCGCCAGGAGUACCUAGACAAAGUCUCGCAGCGCGAUGAUUCUGGGACGUUUGCCACGAUCGGGCUGUUCGUGCUCGUCCCACCGCUCGCGAUUCUCGCAGUAGCGAUCGCUGUGGGCUAUGUCAAUAUCUUACCGUGAUGAAACAAAUACGCAAAAUAUUUCAUAUAGAA